GCUGAGGUGAUGGUGAUAAUGUAUUCGCCAUGUGGUCAGUGGCCGCUAUUCUAUUUGGCGUAUAUAUUCCCCUUGUCCAUGCGGUGGUUCCCCCCUCCUCCUCAUCGGCCUCUCGCCAUUAUUUGCUUCUCCUCUUCAUCCUCCUCGCUGUCCAUCCAUCCGUCCGUCCGUCCGUCCGCCCGUCGCCUUCCUCCUCCGGAUCCCCCCUCCGAUCCCCGCGGCCUUCAUAUUCGCUGCCCCAGGAGCUCUCGUGCUUCCUUGGCGCGCCAUUGCUCGUUCUCGCCUCGGUCAAAGGUCCGGCCCGGCGCCCCCCAACCCCCGAGCUUUACAGCUAGUAGACUGGUAGUACUAGCUUGGAAAGGGAGCAGGAGGAGGGGGCAGGAUGCUGGGAGCGACCCCCAAGGCGAGGAAAGGCGCGCCGGCGAAGCUGGGGUCGGUGAAGGAGGCGGCGCCGGCGGUGGCCCCGGCGUCGGCGGGGAGCAAGGUGCCGGCGGAGGAGGUCUGGGAGGUGCGGCCUGGCGGGAUGCUGGUGCAGAAGCGGGGCGGCGGGCUGCCGGACGACGAGCCGUCGCCCAACGUCAAGCCCGUGCCCACCAUCCGCGUCAAGGUCAAGCACGCCGGCGUCACGCACGAGAUCUACAUCAGCUCCGAGGCGUCCUUCGGGGAGCUGAAGAAGCUGGUGGCGGCCAAGACGGGGCUGCACCCGGACGACCAGAAGGUGCUGUACAAGGACAAGGAGCGCGACUCCAAGGCGUUCCUGGACAUGGCCGGCGUCAAGGACCGCUCCAAGCUCGUCGUCGUCGAGGACCCCGAGGCCAAGGCGCGCCGGCUCAUCGAGGAGCGCCGCAACGGGCACCUCGAGAAGGCCGCCAAGGCCGUCGCCGCGGUCACCGCCGAGGUGGACAAGCUCGCGCCCAAGGUGGCGGCGCUGGACGCGUCGGUGCGCAAGGGGGAGAAGGUGGCGGAGAACGACGUGGUGCAGGUGACGGAGCUGCUCAUGAACGAGCUGCUCAAGCUCGACGCGGUGGUCGCCGACGGCGACGUCAAGGCGCAUAGGCGGAUGCAGGUGAAGCGCGUGCAGAAGUACGUGGAGACGCUCGACGCAGUGGCGGCCAAGAACGCCGCCAUCAUCCGCAAAUCCGGCGAGAAGGCCGCCGUCAAGCAUCAGCCGCCGGCGCAGCAUCAGCAGCAGCAACCAAGGCAGCAGCCGCCGCCUCAGCACCAGUACAAUCACCACCAGCAGCAGCAGCAGCCGGGGGCGGCGGCGGGGCAGACGCGGUGGGAGAUGUUCGACCUGCUGUCGUCGCUGCCGUCCACGUCCUCGGCGUCCUCCACGACCACCGUGAGCUCGACGGCGUCCUCCGGCGCGCCGCCGACGAACCGGCUGGACUGGAUGCUCUUCUGACGGGGGAGGGCAACCACCCCGACGAUCACCAGCGCAAAAGGCGAGGGAAAUGGGAAAGCGAAAGGGGAAUGCAGAUGCGAUGCUUGUGUGCCAAGGAUUGCACCCGCGCCCGGCGGAAAUCUGAUAGGGCUCAUGAGCAUGCGUGCGUGUCCUUGAUGAGACGAUGAUUGGGCUAGCGAUCGAGCGAUCGAGCUACCUUCCUUGCUUGCUUUGCUUGGCCACGCAUCGCGUCGCGUCGCGUCGCAUGGUAUGGUGCCGGUGGUAGUUCAUCAUGUGAGGAUGCAUGUGAGAGUUUUUUUUUUCAGUUCUUCUUCUUGUUCACCAUAAUGUUUUUGAGAUUCUUUGUGUGCAUAUUAUUCAGAGAGAGAAAAGAGAGAGAGGGUUGGUUAGGGCAAGUGAAAGUGUAUUCAAACAGUUUGGGAAUAAGUCGAGUCAAAAGGGUUGUCCGUCUCCAAUUGGGUGUCUGAACUCUGAAAGAAAGAAAUGCAGCCAGCCAUGCCUGCCUGCCUAUACACAAACAGCCAUGGCAUACUGAUACUAGCAAUACUACGUGCGUUGUACUGUUGUUUUU